AUGCCGAACAUGAAGAAUACCGAAAGAUUCGUCAGAGCAUGGCCGACAUGGAUGAAAUCUGAGCAGAGGAACCCAUUUACCUCCUCGAGAUUUACUGCAAUCCCGCAUAUUCAUUCCUACAUCCGUCAAAAAGCCCAUUACUUGUGGAUCGAAACGAAAGAAGAAAAAGCACAAAUUGUUGAGCGCGAAAUGAUUGUGAAGUUAGCUAGCUAG